GACAGCAACGACCCCUGACUGUCUGUUGGUUGCACCUACGUUACAGUCAAUACAACAACAUCCUCAGCUCAGUGUCUGAUGCCCGAGCAGUCAACAUUCAGCCAAGCUUUGCAGCCGCUUGAAGAAGGGCUUGUUUAAUACUCGGCGCUCACCUUCAUGCUGAAAGGUCAUACGUUGUGAGGGUGGUGCCCGAUGGAUCAUGGUGGUCAGCUUGAGAGGGAGGGAAGAGUAAUGUCACAAGUUCAGGUGGGCGGGGUUGACCUCUGUGAUAACCUUCCCAGCCCUGACGCUCUCUCUGCUCAAACUCGAAAUCUCAACGAGACAAACACACUCACACAGACUCAAAGUCUCUCUCGUUCACAAAAUGAAGAGGAAGGAGGGCUCAUCCAGAAAGCCUCUGUCAACCACAAUGGGAAGGACAUGGAGGAGGAACAGGGAAGGGAGGGAUACACAGGAAGAGGCAGAGAGGAGGACGAGGAAGAAGACAUUGAUGAGGUGAUGAAGGAGGAAGAAGAGGAGGAAGAAUCAGAGGAAUCAAGCUGUCUAAAUCGCUGCCAGUCUCCGGACACUCCCAUGACUGACUCCUCCUACUCAGAAACCGGUAGUCUCUUGGAGACUCCAUAUCCUUUCAGCCCUGGGACCAGUCCAGAGCCUGCAUCCCCUGUCAUUCCAGUGGUCAGUCCAGAGACUGUGUAUCCCACCAGUCAAGUGGAACUGAGUCAAAGUGAUGUCAAAGUGGACUCUUGUAGCACUGAGUCAGGUGCCUCUACCACAGGGUCCAUUACACUGGGACCCACCCUCACUACAGGACUUGUAGACUCUUCGACAGUAACUACAACCUCAGACACCAGGUCUACCAGCCUGCCUGAAUCUACGUGUAUCACAGAAGCUUCAGACAGGAUAGCAAAAAAUACCAACUUCCCGACAGAACCUCUUACCUCAUCCACAGAGCCUGUCUUUAACCCCGGGUCCACAUGCGCCAUAGGGUUUCCCAGCUCAUAUGCAGGACCUAUCACCUCAGAUGCAGAGACUUUUACAGUAACUGCUUGCACCACAAGGCUGAACACUUCUGUUGCUUCCACUCCUUUGAGUGCACCAACAGAACCCCCUACCCUCACCCCAGGGCCUAUGACUACCAGUAUAGAAUUGAGUACCACCACAGGACCUAUAACCUCACACUCAGAACACAUUACCGCCACACCAGUGCCCACUUGUUUCUCAGUCUCCACCUCUGCCACAGGGCCUAUUCCAAGCCCUGCCCUGCUGGAGUCUCUGGAGGAGUUGGCACAAAGAGGAGAUGACACUCACCUUCCACAGUACCUUCACCAGAUUGCAGAGGCCUUCGUCCUUCAGGAAGACUACCAAUGGGCAUUAUGGUGCAUCCAACUAGAGAGACUCUAUCACCAGAGAGCACUGGACAACCUGAAUGCACUACAGGAACAGUGGGAAAGUCAGUGUAGAAGUUCUUCCUCCAACCUGGCAACCCAUCAUCUGGACACUCUUAAAAACAUCUGCCAGACUCACAGUCGACCAGGAGCUAGAGAUGCUGUGUGUGCAUCUCUGGACCUUGUGAGGCCUACAAUUGAAGAAGGUGGUGCACUGCCUUCAUGUACCUCAGCCCAUCAGGUUGACGGAGGGAUGGAGCAGAGAGCCCAAGACUCCUCCCGUUCUCAGAGCAGCCAUCCAGUCAUACCCUCCAUUAAUUUGACUGAUAGACUCAGUUCCCCUGAGGUCUCAGAAAAGGAGAGGGAAGACCCAGACAGGGAAGCAGAAGGGAAGGGCUGUUUCCAUGGAGAUCAGCUGACUGACAAACAAGGCAGCGACAGAGAGGGUGGGGAGGCAGAAGAAGGGGUAGGAUACACUAUAUCAGUGAUAGGAAAUGGACUGCACCCCUCUACAGCUGGAGAAAUGGAUCAGUCCAAGCCCGCAGAGCAGCAGGGAGGAGAUUUAGGUCCCGCACAGGAAAAGGAGGCAAAAAGGGACGAAGAGGAGAGGGAGGUGGAGGAGGCAGCUGAAGCUUUGGAGAUGGAAGAUGAGGGAGAGGAAGAAGACGAAGAGAAGCAGAAGGAAAGAGAGUCUCCUUUUUGUCAGAAAGGCCUUCCAGUGGAGACUCUGGUCAGUGGGGCAGAGGUGGAGGCACAACAGCUGCACAAGGAAGCCCAAGCUGAGGAGAAGCUACAUGAGGAGACCCAGGAGAGUGCUAAAACCUGCCUGCACCAGGAGGCUGGCCUUCCUCAAGAGGCUCACAUGAAGCAGCAGGAGCAGGGAGAGGAGGGGAAGGAGGAGGAAGAAGAGGAGGAGGAGGAGGAAUAUGAAGUGGAGCAAGUUGACAUCAUCGGAGAAGCUGCCUCACUGGACGACAUGGCUAAACUCAUCACUGUAGAGGAGAUUUCUCCUGCCUCUGGCCUGGUCUCCAUACUGAAGAAGCGGCAAGUUUUUGUGGACAACAUGAGCGGGUCCGCCAGCUCAGAGCCUCAAUCUGACAAAGUCCUGGCCAAAAGACGCGUUCGCUUCAAGGUCCCUGAUGACAGCUACGAGCAUGAUGUUGGCGGUGGAGACUCCUGUCUGCUUCUCUUCCUGCUAUGUCUGGUUACCAUAGUGAUCAGUGUGGGUGGCACCGCCCUUUACUGUGCUCUGGGCGAUGCCCACUCCUCAGUCUGUCAGGACUUCUCCAGGAAUGCAGACUUCUACAUUGGCCAGAUACAGCGUGGGAUAUCUCACAUCCAACACUGGUUUGCCCCCGGGUCAUAGCAGACGACAGCCAAUGACCUCACUGUAUAUCAGUCAAGGCUCCAGCGCUCCCUGCUACUUCCUGGGACAAUGUCUUCUGAGGUAAUGGUGCUGGGCAGCUGCUACAGUCCCUACCGCUAUAUGGAGUAAGUGGCUAUUAUGCUGCCUCAAUGAUUAUAUCAGAUACGGUUGGCAUUUGUAAGCCUGCUCUACUGCAUUUUUAAUGCUCUGUGAAUACAAUCCCAGGGUUCAUUGAGCCUCAACGUCAAAGGUCAGGUGUCCCUUUGCAACAGUAGUUUGAAAGGGAAAGUAGAGCAGAGAGAAAAAGAGGAUAACUGUAGAACGGAGACCGUUUAACAGAAGAGGAAGAACUGACCUACACUCCUCUCAACCAUGCCCACAUUAAAGGGGUUAUAAAACUAAGUAAUAACAGCUACGAUCCACAGAGAUGUAGAAAAUGAUGUAUAAUGUAUAGUUUUUGGACUGGGAUGCUCUAUACACACACACACACACACACACACACACACACACACACACACACACACACUGCACAAAUGGGAAGCGGCACAAUGGGCAUUUAAAAACUGCUGCAACCACUAGUGUUGCUUUUAUCGUUGACUUUUUUAAACCACAAAUGAAAUUUUAAAAUGAACGUACCAUUCUGUGGUCUACUACUUGGAAUGAAAUCAUUAUGUCUUAAUCAUGUCUGAUCAUGAAUGAAUGUUUGGAGUUUAAUGUUGAACUUUGCUUUGUGUUGCCUUUGGAGCAUUUAUGUAACAAAAAAAAAGAUCUAAAGGGUUAUUGUGGUAUUUAUCACAAUCCAGCUGCUAAUGGACAACAGACACAUGGGGGGAAAUUACACAGUGUCAUUUCAUAUAACAGCUGUGAUGUUAAAUUCUGCAUUCAUUUGCAGUGAGCAGUUGCUGAAGAACUCUGUAUCAGCUCUACUCUCCAUGUUUGACAUGAGCAUCCUGUUGCUGCCCUUUUCUGUACAACUUUUUGCAGUUAGCUGUAAUGGCUGCCACUGGAGACUUAAAAGUCCAAACUAUCUGUUUAUGGGUUUCUAUGACAGAUUUAGCUUUGUGUAGCAUGUGCAACAUGUACAGGAACACAAUGCACCUCUGUAUAUACUGUCAGAAGAAUGUUCAACAUGUUGCACAUAAGACUGGUACGAUUUGUUUUUUUGUUGUUGUUUUUUUUACAAUUUUGCAAUAUUUCUACAGGAAUUGUUGUGUUGGUCCUGGACUAAACACAUUUGAUCAGAAACAACAAAUAUCCAUAUCCAGAAACUGUUUUCAGGUUCAGUGUGAAAAGUUUAUGCCAGUGAACAUCAGUUAUGCACAUAUAACUUGAACAGAAAAUACUCAACUGGCUCGGCAUGUAAUAUUUCAUUUAAAAAAAUCAUAAAUGAGAAUUGUACGAUUAAUGUAGGAAAGAAAAAAUAUUCAGUGUACUCUUCAUGAGUACAGGCCUUGAUGUUGGUGGGAUCAUUAGAAGCUGUCUGUGUGUUCGCUGUUCUGUGGGACUCUGGGCAUCAUCCUCAGUUUGUGAUUGUCAGCGUUUCCUUUUUUCCCCCAAAAUGAUUAUUUGCAUCUCUAAACUGUGUUUACGUCUGCUGAGUCCUGGUUUUAUAGAGACAGAGGAACCUUUCUCUGGGCGAAGAACUGAUUUCCUCAUGAGACAGGGAGGAGACUGUUCUGAAAGAAGGCAUACACUUUGUCCAUGAAACCAGUUCUUUAUUCUCACACCAGUGCUUUAACUCUUAUGUCUAAUCGUUUUAAAGCAAACUUUGGUUAAUUUUACUGCUUGGUCUCACUUUUUGUCUAGUUCAGCAUAUUACAAUGUUUAAUGUCUCGUUAAUUUUCUUUUCUUUCAUGCGGUGUAACAGUGGAUGCCAUGAAAACUGCCCUAGCAAAACCACGCAUCUGACAAAGGUCUUAAUAAUUAGGAUGUAGUGAAAAAAAUCUCCAUCAAACAGGAGAGAUCCAAGUGUCUUACUUAUGCAUUUAUAACAGUUUUAGAUUAAAUCUUCCUCUCAUGGUGUGUUACUCACAAAAACCUGAAAAUUAGUUUGAGAUAUGAGGUUUUCCUGAGAUGUAGGGAGUAGUAGAUUGAUUCUUGUUUUUAUUUGCACAUGUCGUCUGGCUGGUUCAGAUGACCUUCACUCAGAAAACCUCUUAUUUAAUCUUCUGGAUGAUUUUAAUUAUUUAUAAUACAAGGGAUGUCAAGUGUAGCUGGUUAAGAUUAAUUAUUGCCAUCAUACAUCAUGUCAGUUUUUCAUCUCUAAUAUCACUAUUGUUCUUAAGGAGGCUUUGACAGAGAGUUUAAUUUCUAAUUUUAUGACCUUAGUCCUCUAAAUACCAUCAUCUGGGUUGUUUAUUUUUAUUGAUUUUCCCUUAUCAGUUUCUGAAUAUGAUUUGAAACUGGUGAGUUUGUGCUACUGCGGUCGUUACUAAAAGAUUCAUGUUUCUUUCAUCUGUAAGCGUCGAACAUAUUUUCAUUUAUUUGACCCAGUUGGUUUUAAAAAGGACAUUCAGAAAUGAAUGAAUGAAAAGUCAUGUUUUGUGUGUAUGAAUCAGUACUGUGUACACUGUUAUUAGCCUGAAGAAGGGCAUUUUAUGAAUUGUUUGAUGAACUCUUUCACGUUGUUCUAACAAAUUGUAAUAAGGAGAUGAGGUUUUUAUUUUUUGCUGUUAAAAAAACCCCACCCUGUUAUGUCUCUCGUUAAAGCCUUUGAAAAAAA